AUGAAAGUCGUCAUUUCACAUCACAGCGUUUUGAAAAGUGAGGAUGACAAACAAUAUGUGGUCUAUCAUGUCACUGUAAAUUAUGAUGGAGUCAUUUGGGAAAUCUGUAAAAGAUAUUCCGAAAUGGAAAAAUUGCACAACUUACUUUCAAAAAUAAUUAACACGAAAAAGUUUGGAAAAUUCCCGAAAAAGUACCUCGUUGGAAAUUUAAAAGAAGACAAGAUUCAUGAACGACAAAUGGAACUCCAAAAUUAUUUUGAUAAUUUAUUGAGCGAACCUCUUGUUCCAACGUUACAGGAAAUUAUUGAAUUCUUUGAAGUGAAUAAGCACUGGAAUGAAAUUAAGAACAGCAAAGGAGGUACUUUUGCAUCGACCUCUUCUCAAAGCCAAUCUUCACAAAAACAGUAUAAUCAAAUGGUCACAGUACAAGUUGAAUCCUCAAGUCAAGAAGUACCAGUUUAUAAUAUUGUUAACUCGAACAAUUCUUCUUUACAUGGUGUUGUAAAAAGUCCAACCAUUCCAAGUCCCAACUCAAAUCAACAAGCUGAGGAAGAAAAGAACAAUAACAAUUUACAACAAAAUCAAUUCAUGGCUAUUCGUGACCAUUAUGCCAAGGACGAAACUGAAUUGACUUUUAGAGCAGGAAAUAUAAUUGAGGUGAUUCAGAAAGGAUCCAAUGAUAGAAAUGAAGAGGAUUGUUACUGGUAUGGUAGAGCUGUUGCAAAUGGUUCUCAAGGAUUUUUCGACGCUCGAUGUUUGGAUUUAGGUAAAAAUUACAAAGCUCCAAGAAUUAUCUCUGUUCUAAUGAAUGACGACGUCUAUGACACAGAUGAUAGCGUGCAAUUGGAUGGAACUAUUAAAACCAUUGAAAUUGAUUACGAAGCAGAAGGAGAGGGAGAAGUGAGCGUACAAAGAGGUCAAAAAGUUAAAAUUCUUCCUUCCUCUCGUCAGACACGAAAAGGUUUUAAAUUAGUAGAGGUCUUAUCAGACUCAUGCCAAACAGUGAUAGCUUCUGGUUAUGUUCCCACAGAAUACCUCAUGAUUUUAUGA